UUCUCUCCCCCAAUCUUUCCAAUCCGGUGUAAACAAAGCAAUAGAAAAAAGAAAGGGAAAGAGAGAUUCUGAAAUGACUUUCUAAGAACUGUAUGAAUGUAAGCAUACGAAGUUGCCCCGAAUUUCUCUUCCCACAGUCUUCCUUUCUGUCCUAUAUACCUGUGUACUCCGACUGGAAGAGAGGAAAACCAAAACCCAAAUUCCACUUCCCUCUAUGCAACAUGGCAUAUGGAAGCAACGGCAAGCGUGGCUCAACGAACAGCAAUAACUCUACCCAAAUCGACAACCAGAGAGGUAAUAACCAUCACAUCGUGAGUGUCUCCACCCCUUCUGUUACCACCACCACCUCCUUUUCCCUCCCUAACAAUCCACACCCCACUCCAAAUCACAUCCCCCAAUUCUCUGCAACAGCUCAGUCCUUCAACAACUCCGAAGAUGGGUCACAAGAUUUUAGCCGGGCCAAGAUCAAGAGCCCUGUAACUGGAAAUUCCUUCAACAACCUCGGAUCAGGCUCCCAAACUUUCAGAGAUGCAGAGAUUCGUUGUGCCAAGGAAUCUAGCAAACAGAGUAGAUCUAUUUUCUCCUUGAAACAAGACCGUGUGCCCCACGGCGGAACUCUCCACUCCUUCAAUAAUAACGGUAAGGGAUCCCAGUGUUUCGACGGUUUCAAGCUCAACUGACCACUUGUGAGUUUCCAAUGUAUCCAUUUAAAGUUUCAGACUUUUAAUUCAAAACUUCUAUUGCAGCAGUCGGAAAAGAUAGACUCCGAUACUAAUUUUAUUUGCAUAUUGGUUAAAGAUAGAACCAGUAAAAGGGAUAACUUUUA